UAUAAAUUGUGAUAUAAAAUCCUAAAAUCAAGCAGUCAUUAUUAACAGUUUGUUGUUUGUCAUGAGUCAUGGCCUUACGAAUUUUUACAAAAUAUUGGUGUUUUACUCCAAUAUCAACCACAUGGAGCAGAAUAGCAAGUGUUGGUUAUGCCAAAAAAGUAGCAGCUGGGGGUGCUAAAGGAGCGAGUGCAGCUCGGAAUGUUGACAAAAAGAAACUAGAUCACGAGAAUGAUCCAGAAAAACUUCUAACAUAUUGUUGUGGACUGAAUAUAUACAAAGAGGGAGAGGAUCCUAAACUGAAACAAGAUAGUGAAUAUCCAGACUGGUUAUGGAAGCUCAAUGUUGAACGUGAAAACACACCUCUAGAUGAAUUAGAUAAAGAUUCUUGGACAUAUUGGCGGAGAAUGAGACGAUUGGCGAAUAAAAGAAAAUACAAUCUUGGAUAUGAAGAGAGAAAGUUCAACAGUAAAUGAUUCUUACGAGGAUUUUGGAAUGUGUUUGAUUGUGUAUGUAGAAGAACUGGAAUGUAGAACAAGCCAGGACAUGGUGUUGUAAUGUAGAAGUGAACAUGUACUCAUACCAGUACAUAUAUGCUGUUAUUAGAAAAAGAUAUUUUCUGAACUAUACAAUAUCAAAUUACAUGUACUUAUUUCUCUUUAUUCUAAAAAUAAAUGCAAUGACCGCAUCGUGAAAUGAUGGCCGCAAAACUUGAAUGGUUACUGUCAUUAAACAGUUGUCAAAUUGAUUGGAUAUUAUAUAUUGGAUAUUAAAUGUGAAAUAUGUUCGAUAAAUAUAAUCAAAAUAACAGAGACGUAUGCUUGAGCUUUAUAUCAUUUAUUCUUUCAAAUAACACAUGUACUACAAAAUCAGUUCGAAAUAUUGUUUAACUUUUUUAAUGUCACCCUGUC